GCUUUGAAAUUCCCUCUUCUCCUAAACCCUUUCUCAUCUCCCUCCGCCCGUCUUAGUUCUCCAACCCGCCGGCCUCCUUGUCCUUAAACCCAUCUCUAGAAUUUGUUCAAGGUUUUUUUGUCAGAUAUUCAUAUGGCCGUGAAUGCAAGUGGCGAUGAUCAAUCUCACAAGGCUCACAGGUCUCGCCAAUCUGGUCCCAAUGCAAAGAAGAAAGCAGAGCACAAGAAGAAGGGGGAGGUUUCUGAGAAUGACAGGAAGCACAAUCCGAAGGCUUUUGCUUUUAAUUCAUCAGUUAAAGCUAAGCGCCUGCAAUCUCGUUCUGUCGAGAAAGAACAACGUAGGCUUCAUGUUCCCACAAUCGAUCGUUGUUAUGGUGAACCAGCUCCCUAUGUUAUUGUUGUACAGGGACCUCCCCAGGUUGGAAAAUCUCUUCUAAUAAAGUCUCUUGUUAAGCAUUAUACCAAACAUAAUCUACCUGAUGUUCGUGGGCCGAUUACAAUUGUGUCAGGUAAACAAAGGCGGUUGCAGUUUGUCGAGUGCCCAAAUGAUAUCAAUGGGAUGAUUGACGCAGCGAAGUUCGCUGAUUUGACUUUGCUUCUAAUUGAUGGUAGUUACGGUUUUGAGAUGGAGACUUUUGAGUUCCUCAACAUUUUGCAUAAUCACGGACUUCCAAAAGUUAUGGGAGUUCUCACUCACCUUGAUAAGUUCAAGGAUGCAAAAAAGUUGAGGAAAACAAAGCAGCAUCUUAAACAUCGCUUUUGGACUGAGAUACGUACAGGAGCUAAAUUAUUUUAUCUAUCUGGGCUUAUUCAUGGAAAGUACACUAAACGUGAAGUACACAAUCUUGCUCGGUUUAUCUCUGUGAUGAAGUUUCAGCCACUGUCUUGGCGUACCAACCAUCCAUAUGUUUUAUCUGAUCGAUUUGAAGAUGUCACUCCACCUGAACGAGUUCAUAUGAAUAAUAAAUGUGAUAGAAAUAUCACACUAUAUGGUUAUCUUCGAGGUUGUAAUUUGAGGAAGGAAACUAAGGUUCACAUCUCUGGCGUGGGUGAUUUUAAUUUGGCUAAUGUAACCAGUUUGGCUGAUCCUUGUCCUUUGCCAUCUGCUGCCAAGAAGAAAGGACUACGUGAUAAGGAAAAAUUGUUUUAUGCUCCUAUGUCUGGGCUUGGGGAUCUUUUGUACGAUAAGGAUGCUGUUUAUAUAAAUAUUAACGACCAUUUCGUUCAGUAUUCCCAAGUUGAUGAUGAUAAAGAAGUUCCUUCAACCAAAGGUAAAGUUCAAGACGUGGGUGAAGUUCUGGUGAAGUCUCUCCAGAACACAAAAUAUUCAGUUGAUGAAAAGUUAGAGAAGAGCUUCAUUUCUCUAUUUGGCAGAAAACCUGACAACUUAAAUGGGAUCCAUAGUAUUGAGCCGGGAGAGCAAUGUCAACCUGGGUUGGUGGAACUUGAUAGACCUAGUGUAAUACAUGAUACCGAUGAUUCGGAGUCUUCAGAUCAAGAUGACCUUACCCCGAAAAAGGCUAAAUUUGAAAGUGAGGGCACUGAUGAAGAAGAGCAUAAUGAUUUGUUAAAUCAGAAAUCCCCUGUUGAAGACCACAUGAAGGAACAUGUUGAAUUUCAUGAAGGGAGGCUUAGGAGAAAAGCUGUUUUUGGAAAUGAUGUUGACUCUGAUGAUCUCAUGGAUUCAGAUGAAGAAGAAGAUGACAAUGACAGUGAUGUUGACGGUCAAAAAAUGUUGUCAGAAGAUGAUGAAAAUGAAAAUGAAGAUGAGGAUGAUAAUGACGAGGAAAAUGAUAGAGGCAUGGGUAACUCCUCAAAGUGGAAGGAGUCUUUGUUAGAAAGGACCAUCUCUAGGCAACACGUGAAUCUCAUGAAACUUGUGUAUGGGAAAUCCACACAAACAUCUACAACCUCAAGGGAUGAAGGUGAUGAUGAUGAAGAAAGUGACGAGGACCACUUUUUUAGGCCUAAAGGCGAGGGAAAUAAGAAUGAAAGUAAAGCAGUGGAUGGUGCAAAUGCUAGUUCUGAGGAUUAUUCUAAAUUUACGAACUUUUUCAACGAUAAUAAUGUGGAGAGCAUUCGUGACCGCUUUGUCACUGGUGAUUGGUCAAAAGCUGCUCUCAGAAAUAAAUCUUCUCAGGACGAAGUUGAAGAAGAUGAUGUGUAUGCUGAUUUUGAAGAUCUAGAAACUGGUGAGAAGUAUGAGAGUGCUGAUAAAACUAACGAUGCCAUGGUCCAAAAGGCAGAGUAUUCAACAAUUGAGGAGCGCAGGCUGAAAAAGCUUGCCCUUCGGGCACAGUUCGAUGCUGAAUAUGCUGGAUCUAAGGCACCGGAGGAUGGAAGUGAUAUAGAAGGUGAGGGAAAGUUAAACCACAGUGAAGCUAAUGAAGGUGAUGAUUAUCAUGACAAGAUGAAGGAGGAAAUUGAAAUUAGGAAACAAAGGAAUAAAGCUGAACUUGAUAAUAUUGAUGAAGCCUUCCGGUUGGGGAUUGAGGGCUUCCAAUCAGGGACAUACGUAAGAUUGGAAGUUCAUGGUGUUCCUUGUGAGAUGGUGGAGCAUUUUGAUCCUUGCCAGCCAAUUUUGGUUGGAGGAAUUGGGCCGGGGGAGGAUGACGUUGGAUACAUGCAGGUCAGAUUAAAACGACAUAGGUGGCAUAAGAAGGUACUGAAGACUAGAGAUCCAUUAAUUUUUUCGGUUGGAUGGAGACGUUUCCAAAGUACCCCUGUUUAUGCAAUUGAAGAUUCAAAUGGGAGGCACCGCAUGCUUAAAUAUACACCUGAACAUAUGCACUGUCUAGCAAUAUUUUGGGGCCCUCUAGCCCCUCCUAACACAGGGCUUAUUGCUGUUCAGACUUUAUCGAGCAAUCAGGCAUCGUUCAGAAUAUGUGCAACAGCUACUGUGCUCCAAUCCAAUCAUGAAGAGCGGGUGGUCAAGAAAAUCAAGCUAGUUGGUUAUCCAUGCAAAAUUUUUAAGAAGACAGCACUUAUAAAAGAUAUGUUUACUUCAGAUCUUGAAAUAGCUCGUUUUGAAGGUGCAUCUGUUCGAACUGUCAGUGGAAUUCGAGGCCAGGUCAAAAAGGCUGCGAAAGAGGAGAUUGGUAACCAGCCCAAGAAGAGAGGGGGAGUCCCGAAGGAAGGGAUUGCUAGAUGUACCUUCGAGGACAAGAUUCGGAUGAGUGAUGUAGUUUUCUUGCGUGCAUGGACUAAAGUUGAAAUUCCUCAAUUCUACAACCCGCUGACUACAGCAUUGCAACCUCGUGGUCGAAUAUGGCAAGGGAUGAAAACUGUGGCUGAACUCAGGAAAGAACAUAAUCUUCCCAUUCCUGUGAACAAGGAUUCAGUGUACAAGCCAAUCGAAAGGCAGAAACGGAAGUUCAAUCCAUUGGUGAUUCCCAAAUCAUUACAAGCAGCCUUGCCAUUCAAAUCAAAACCGAAGGAUAAACCUAGUCAACAGAGGCCACUUCUUGAAAAGCGAAGAGCUGUGGUGAUGGAGCCUCGUGAACGGAAAGUUCAUGCACUUGUUCAGCAGCUUCAACUUAUGAGACAUGAGAAAAUGAAGAAACGAAAGCUUAAAGAAGAGAAGAAAAGAAAAGAGCUUGAAGCGGAGAAUGCCAAAAACGAGCAGCUGUCUAAAAAGCGGCAAAGAGAAGAACGGCGAGAGAGGUAUAGAAAAGAAGAUAAAAUGAGAAAGAAAAUUAGAAGUGGAUGAGGUUUGGGAUAAUAUUAUAUAUAUUAUGGAGAUUCACCCAAUAGGUUCUUCAAAUAUAUUCGGAUGAGUUUUUACAUGUAUUCUUAGAGUUUGUUAUUAGGUGAUCUUUGUAGUUGAUGAAAAUUUUGUAUAAUCUUUACAGUUGAUGAAAGAACUUUUAUCUAAUUUCAUUGGAAGGUGAAUUAUAGGUUUUCUG